UCUUAUUGAGGUUUUUUUUUUUUAAAUUGUCAUUACUUUUUCUGUUAUUUUUUUAGUAGUGUUUUUAUGUUGUUUUAUACAGUUACUUAAUUUUUUUUUUCUCAGUCAUCCCAAGGUGGUCCCACUCACAAUGGAUCUCAGUCUGAAGAUGCUCUUCGUACUUCAGAAAAUGAGGAUGAUGAAGAUUCCACUUCGGAGGAAGACGAGGAUGAUAAAUUCGACGAUGACAAAGGAGAUGAUCAUCAUGACGAUGAAACUGAUGAUGAUGAUGAUGAUCUGGGUGGAGAUGGUGUUGGUGCUGGUCAGGAUGAGGCUCACACGGGCGAUGUUCGUAACGAUGAGGGUGUUGUUGUCCCCGCGGUUGUUUCGAGGGAUGAUGAUACCGGCAAGGUCGAUGAUGCCAAGAAUUCUGACCCUGUGGAACCUAUUGCAGAGAUCAAACAGGUGUGUUUCUUGUUUGGACAUCAUUUUUGGUUUGUGCUUUUUUUUGUGUGUUUCUGUGUUUUGUGUUUGUUUUAAUAGUGUUUUACUGUUUUUUUUGUUAUCAGCCUGAUCAGUCUCAAGGUGGGGAGGAGAACAUUGAUGUUGAUGCAACAAUUGCAUCUGCUGUUAAAGCUGUGGAGAAUUUGGUUUGUGUUCAUGUGUUUUUUUUUAUAUUUGUAUUUAUUUGGUAUUAUAUUGUUGUUUUUAUGGUGUUUUUAUUGUACUGUUUGAAAUUUAAACAUAAGUCUUUUUAUUUAUCCUUUCUCUUUUUUAGAUUGGUUCCUCAACUCAUGCCCCUGCUCCUGUUGAGACUUCUGAGAAGACUGAUCUUGAAAUGGUUGUUUUUCAAGAGACUCCUAUUUUACGUCCUCAAAAGAGGGAUCGGAAGAAAGGAGCUGUUUUGAAAUCCCCAUUCAUUGAGCUUGCUUCUGGUGCAUCUAAAUCAGGUUCAUCCUCGGUUUCUCCUGAUGAUUCUGUGUAUAAGGUCGUUAAAUAUGUGCGUGGUUUGUGCCCGUUGGACAACAAGAUUGGUGAACCUGUUGAUCCGCAAUUGGAAGCUGAUUUUGUCAAGUGGGUUGAUUCAGGUCUUAGAAAGCAUAAAUCUAACACAACAACUAAUGUGUAUUGUAAGGGUAAGGACACUAUAUUUCCGCCAUUUCGUUUUGGUGUUGAGGACAUCAGCAACAAGAUGUGGUUUCACAACCUUGCCUACCCUAAUUGUUUCCUUACCAAUUCUCACAUUGACAUCAUUUUCUAUUAUCUUCGUAAGAAAAUAAUGUACUCAGCCGAGCCGAAAAUCAAAGUCACCACAACUGAUUGCCUCUUUUGUUCUAGCAUAACAACUUUGUAUGAGAGGUUUGUUGAGAAAAACAACGAUAUAUCGGUGUUGUCUCUUUCUCACAAUGUGGCCCAGUACAUUCAAGGUGGUAAGAUAUUAUGUGCCACUCCUUGGCAUUUGGUUGAUCAUGUUGUUAUGCCUAUCAAUGUAAAAUUACAGGAUCAUUGGAUUUGUGGUCGUCUUAACAUAGUUGACAGGCGCAUAUAUCUGUACAAUUCACUGCGUUCUGGGAGGUAUAUGAUCGUCGCCAAAGAGGCUUGCAAGCCUUUCUCUGUUAUUUUACCAUAUUACUUCUCUAUGUUAGACUUCAAAGGCCUUCGCAACGAAACUAAGUUUAGCACUAUGGAACCGUUCCCUAUUGUUGUUGUUGAUGGUUUACCCGAGCAGGUCACAGCUGAUUGUGGUGUUUUUGUUGCAUCAUUUGCUGAGUAUUUCAUUGAUGGCAAACCCAUCCCAUCCUCUGAUUUUGAUGUGGAAAUUCACCGCGAUCGUUUGGCUGCGUUAUUUUAUCAUUAUGGGAUGAAGAAGCAAACUGAGAACAUUGAAAGUGAAUCCGAGGCCCCUCCUAGCCUUCCCAAGAAGUGAUUUGCUUUUUCAAUCAGACUGUCAUUGUUCUUAUAGUUUUUUAAUGUUGUUUUAAUGUUUUUCAUGUUGUUUUUCGUAAACAAACAUUGGUGUUCUGUUGUUUUUCCUUACGCUUUGUGUGGACAAUAUGUAAUCUUUUAUUUUUUUAUGUUUUUUCUUAUUAUUUUUAUGUACAAACAAGUUGGUAUGUUAAAGUUGUUUGUUUUUUCAUUUCAGAUCCAUUCUUUUUUUGUUUUUUUUCUUAUAGUUUCUCUGUUUUUUUGAAUCCAAAUAUUCAUUUCAGUAUUAAAAACACAAACUGUUUCAAUAACAAACUUCAUAUAUAUAUUCAAUUUAGUAUCCAACAUCUUUUAAUAUCCAAUCUAGAGUAUCAACAAUUCCCAAUGUAAUCAAUGUUUUUCAAAUAAAAAACUGUAUUCCCUGUGUAUUUCAGAAAUUUAAAUUCCUCAAUAUCUAAUUCUCAUAACGUAUGUGUAGUUUUCUUUUGUUUUUCCACUGUUGUUCUGUUGUUGUUUUUAUUCCCUUCUCCGUCUUCUGCUGCAUGUUCUUUUGUUAUGCCCCAGUUCACCACAUUUGCUGCACUUGUUGUGUUGAUCCCUUUCCCAUCCAGCCUUCCUUCUUAAUGUUUUUGGUCUUCCUGAUUUUACUCUUUCAUGUGGA